GUGUAUGUUGGCAGAAGCUCCUCACUGGCCCGGAGCGGUGCGUGUUUCCGUGUCGCUCGUCUCACUUCCCGGUUAAUGCCGCUUAUUUUACAGAAUAAACGACCUUUUGACACAUGACAUUUUAAACCCUGCUGUUAAAACCCUACCGGCUGGAUGAGUGUGCCAACCUUCGGCAACCCCUCCUCAGAGGCGGCUGAGGUAAACCGCAUCCACUAUGAGCUGGAGUACACAGAAGGCAUCAGCCAGCGCAUGCGGAUCCCUGACACGCUGAAGGUGGCCUCAGAGCACCAGAGAGGGUCCUUUCCGCUUGAGCCGCCCAUGCUCACUCAAACAACCAUGAUGCAGGUUCCUGAGAGGAUUAUUGUUGCAGGCGACAAUGAUGACCCUCGAUACUCUCGUCCAAGAGAUUUAGACCUGAUUCAGUCCAUCCCUCCUGUGGACCUCCUGAGUAUGAAGACCCCUCCGCGUGUCCUCACCCUCACAGAGCAGUCACUGGACUCUAUGGAGACCGAGCAAACUGCCUCCUCACAGAGCACUCCCAGCCAGACGUCACAAGGCCGCAUUCAUGCUCGAUCUCGAAGGGAACGUAGUGCGAGUGAGCACAUAUCUGGCCGCCAUAGCGUUCAGGCCAGCAGAAGUGAUAUAAGCAUCAGCCAGUCCCCCUCUGUUCCCCCAGUCCGCUUAUGUCCCCCCCUCUGUUCCCCCGAGGAUGCAAGCAUCAACCUGUUCACAGCUGCUGGUGUCCUGUCUUACAUCCAGUCAACAACCCGCCGGGCGUACCAGCAGGUCCUUGAGGUCCUGGAUGACAGCCACCGCAGGACACACCUGGACUUGGCCCUGGAUAUAAACCCUGAUGAGUCUGGCUUAGUGGACGCCUCCUCACUACGACGACAGAUUGUGAAGCUGAACCGGCGUCUGCAGCUUCUUGAGGAAGAAAACAAAGAGCGCUCCAAGCGAGAGGUGAUCCUCUACUCUGCUACUGUGGCGUUCUGGCUCAUAAACACCUGGAUCUGGUUCCGUCGCUGAGGUAGAACAUGGGUGACCCUCCCAAAACACUGGAAGCCAUUAAAACAAGGGGGGGGCUACUCAAAUUUAAAGGUAACCACAGGAAACUUUAUAAACAUUGGUAAUGUCCCAAACCACAACCCUGUAUGUUUGUAUAGCAAAAUCCAUGUUGAAAUUCCAGCUGAGCACUGACAAGAAAAAAACCUGAGCCAGCGCAUGUAAGAAUGUUUACUAUAUCUACACAAUGUUACAAAUUGUUACAAUGCUGGACUGUAACUACCAACUGCUGCCACAGCACAGGGAACAAACUUUACUUUAAAGUGUAAAGUCUCUUUAUUUCACUCCUGUAUAAACUUGUAAACGACAAGUAAAACCAAGGACAAUGACAGUCUCCAAAAUGUUCGCAUCUGCUCUGAUGUAGUAAGAGAUAAUUUGUUACAACACUGUUGUCUGCUGAAGAGAAUGUCAACCCCUGAAUCUGAAGAUGAUGAUCUGAACAUCUAUGAUGUUCACACGUGUUUAAGAGAAACUAAAUGUCAGAAAUUACAAACCUUUACCAAUUUAUUCGAGAUUUUUUGGAGAGUGAUGGGCAACAUCUCAACUUGAUAAACCCUUCAUACUGCAACAACAGGUGUUACAGUGAUGCUUAUGAUCUUUGUGAGAGUAGUAUGCGCUCAGUAGAGAACAUACCUCUGCCAAGGCCCAACAAUCCCCUUGAAUUCAUUCAAGAUGCAACAAAUUGCACACACUCAUAGAUAUGAGUUUCCUACAUAUCCUCCCAAAAAAUGUUCAUCAAGCUUCAUGAAUUUUUCUGAAACCAGUGAAGAUAUAUAUUAAAAAUCUCUUUCUCACACAUGUAAAGAAAGUGGGGAAAUUAUCCCUGGAUCUGCGUCACUUGUAAAGAGUUUUUCUGUUUGUUAACAAGAUUACAGAAAAACUACUGAAUGGAUCAACUUUCACGCAAAUCCAUUCAGUAGUUUUUCUGUACUCUUGUUAACAAACAGACAAUCCAACCAAUCAGUUAACAAACAAACAGACCUGAGUCAUUUUAGAACAAGUAGGAUUAGAGCGGAACGAGUAUUUUGGGAACCAAGCCCCGAGUUCACUGGACCCAACCUCACCCGUGACCUGAAGUUCAUCAAUUUAGUCAAAAAAAUUAUGAUUCUCAAAGUGUCAAAAUAAAAAUGUAUAAAUCUAGAGAUGCCAUAACAUUGACCCUGAAUGCCCCAUUACCUUCUUGUUAUCCAAAACAUUUGUGUACAGUACUUGAAUAGCCUAAUGUAACAACGUUGUAUUCUUGGAAAUCUUUAUUUAUAAUUCAUCUCUGUGGCCGUGCCAGACCAGAGGUUGUCAUCUGAGCUUUAUGAAGUGGCAGCAGAACUUCAGGGCAUGGUACCGGAGGUGGCAGUUAUUAGUGUAUUAAAUAUGUAUUUCCAUUCUGUUUAUAAAGUUUGACUUUGUUUUUCCUCAGAAUUUGACCUCUCCUUGUUUUCCACUAAGCUACCUACAAGACUAAAAAAAACAAGAGCAUGGACUUUGUGGUUUUAUCAUCAUAGAGUGUGAUGUAAAUCUUAGAGCUAAUGUAAGGUCAUGUGUAAAAGAUGAAUAUGUAUAUGAGAUAUUGAUGUCAUUAUUUUUGAAGAACGAUGUGUUAUUUUUUUUUAUUUCUCACAUGAUACAGUGGCCAUUUCUCUCUAUCAUUUGCUGUACUUAUCACACAAAGCUGGAGUUUUAAGUUAUUAUUGUUUACUUUCUUUGUAAUAUAAGAGCACAUUCAUUGUAAAUAUUUGUGCUGUAAUAAAUGAUGGAUGUUGA